AUGUGGAGGCCCGGGCUGAGCGUGCGGCUGUACUUGCCAAACCUCUCCACCACAAAGGCCAUCUGCUGGGGCACGAUCCGCAGGACAGUGUUGGCGGGGGUGGACUUGGUCGCAAAGGGUGUCAUCUCGAAGGGAUCCCGGGCCAGCGUCAGAAUGCUGGAGUGGAAUCCCCUGGCACAGGCCCCGGUGGGACCCUCCGCCAGGAGCCCGGCGCCGCGGGCCUGCAGCAGGCGCGCGAGCACCAGUGAUCGCCGCAUGGUGUCGUGA